AUGUACCAUUCAUUAUGCGCGACUACAAGUAUCGUUUUCAUGACCAUUUGCCCACUCAAGACAACCUCGAUGAAUCUGAAUGAACAUCUAGACACUGCAUUAAGAUUAGGAACAUCAACCCCUGGAAACAUUGCGAAAUCAAACCUUGACGAGAUAGGUUUAUUGGAGUCAAAACGUGCAGCGGAAUUAGGUUCUUUGGACUUGUCACUUGCACCACCAUCUGGAACUACAAAAAAAAUGGUACCAUCAAAACAAAAUCAACUGUCUAGCGCAUUGGGAAUUCAAAAGACACAUAUAUUUAAAAACCCAUUCCAAGAAAAACAACACUCUAGGAUCUCAUCAGAUGUUGAAAUGUGGCUGAAGGACCAAAACGUACAGGAUCAGAUCACAGAGCCAGCGUCGCAUCUACUAGGAAUUAAGCACAGCAUUAUGCCCUAUGACAAUUUGAUGUUUGAAGCUUCAUCAUCUAGUUUUCCAGCGCAUAAUCCACAGGACUCUGGUUCAAGAAAUCUACAAAUUCACGGAGUUCCAACUCAUAACUUACCGAGAUUAGGUUCAGGGUCAAAUUCUUUGCAAGGUUUUCCCACACGUGACCAGUCUGCAGAAAACUUUGCAAAUAAUCUUGAAAGUCAUCCUAUCCAAAUGUCAAGAGCUUCGCAGGAGAAAGGAGUUUCUGGAAAAUUUAGAAGUGGAUACGAAGAAUCACUCCCGUCCGGAGGGACAAAGGAGGCUUUAAUUGUCCCCAAGAGGCGUAAAUUUUACCGAGUGAUACCUAGAAAUAUGCCCAAGCUAUCAACAUUAGGAAAAGAUGAACUUUGGGUAUUUGAUAGAAUGAGGGGAGAGAUUGCAACAUGGUUUGAUAAUUUGGAAGCUUUUUUAAAAGAAAGAAUCCACCAAGAUAGAAUCAUUCGUAUAAAACCCAUCGAUAUCAGAAGAGCACUUGGUUUUGCUCACUUGAAAUUGACGGCCGCAUUCUUUGGAUUUCUGGUUAGCCAUUACGAGAUCAAAGGAAAAAGCAAUGAAGAACUUCUACGUCAGGGGUGGGAAUAUAUGAAGAGCUACAUGAUUCAAUGGAAAGUUGUUGAUCUUGAAGCCGUUGUCGACCUCCAACACAUUCAAGUAGAUGAUGGUGUCCGAUCAUGGACUCCAACCCACACUUUGGCGUAUCUGAUGUGGGUAGAUGGAAGGAUUACCUUGUCAUCUGAGGUCCUAUCAAAGCAUUUUUCAAAAUUCACAUUGGCCAUGAGCUACUCUGAAAAGUCCCUUAGUCCACCCUCGCGACCCAGAGUGACUGAGAAACCCUUGUAUUUGCUGCUAGUUUCUAAUGUAUCUGAUACAUACACCAGCUAUGGUGCUAUGCGAUGUGAGGAUACGGUUUCAGGUCAUCACGCAAGAAUGUACCCAUCAUUAAUAUUAUGGUUGACUACAAGUAUAGUUUUCAUGACUAUUAGCACAGUCUUGGCAACCCCAAUGAAUCUGAAUGGAGAUCUAGAUACUGCAUUAAGAUUAGGAACAUCAGAACCUGGGACCAUCGCGAUAUCAAAACUUGACAAAAUAGACUCAUUGGAAUUGACACUUGCACCCGCAAUGAGUUCUUCGGACUCGUCACCUGCACCCGAAAUAGAUCCUCUGGACCUGACACUCGCACCAUCAUCUGGAAUCGCAACCAAAAUCGUAUCACCAGGAAAACUUCGACUUUCUGGGGCAUUAGGAAUUCAAAAGAUAGAUCCGUUCAAACAAUCAGCUCGACAAAGGCAAUACCUUAGAAUCACACCAGAUUUUGAAAUGUGGCUCGAGCACCAAAACUCACAGCUCACAAAGCCCGCGUCGCAGAUGCGAGGAAGUCAUCACAAUAUCAUAUCCAAUAACAAUCCGAUGUAUCAAGCUCUACCGUCCACUUUUUCAGGCCAAGACCUUCAGGACACUGACUCAAGAUAUUUACAAACCCAUGAAGUUUCAGCUCAUAGCUUAUCAACAUUGCACGCUUCAGCAUCAAACUCGGUUCAAGGCCCUUCAACACGUGAACCAGCUGCAGAACACUUCGCAAAUCUCAUGCAAUAUCAACAUCACUCAAUUAUCGAACCUCCUACUUUUGAAAGUCAUCCCGUCCAAAUGUCAAGAGUACCGGAAGAGAAUGUAAUUUCAGAAACAUUCAGAAUUGGGGUCGAUGCAUCCCCCCCACCCAGAGGAGAGCAUGUGGCUUUCAUUGCCCCCGCUAGUCGUAGAUCUUAUAUUGCAUUACACAACAAUAUGCCCAGAUUGCACAAUUCAGGAAGACAAGAACUAUGGAUCCGGCCUAAACUUCGGGCAAAGAUUGCAAAAUGGUUUGAUGAUAUGAAGAGUAUUUUAAUCGCGAGAAUCCAAGAAAAGCAAAUGAUUGGAAUAACGCCUGAUGAUAUAAAAAGAGCACUUAGUUUUGCUCAAUCAAAACUGACAACCGCAUUUUUGGCAUUUCUGCUCCAAAAUUAUGAUCAUAUAGAACGCCAAGGUAACCAAGACAUUAUACGUGGGGGGUGGGAUUAUUUGGAGAGCUCCAUGGCUGAAUUUCAAUACGUGAAUCUUGACGUCGUUCUUAAUCUCAAAUACUAUAAAGAAGCUCGUGGUUAUUGGGAAUCGAAUCCAGACCAGAUUCUGGCAUAUCUGAUGUGGAAGGAUGGAAGGAACACCUUUUCGUCGGUGAUCUUAUCAAGAUUUCUUUAUGGUUGGGAAAAGUUGAAUGGUUUGAAAUUUCCUUUGCCUACAAAGUAG